AGGGCAGUACGUCCGCCAUGGCUGCUGCGGGCCUCCUGCGGGCCGUCGCCGCGCUCGCCUUCCGCCGCCUGCUCUGCGCUCCGCCGGGGGCCGCCAGGGGCUGCGCCGCCGUCCUGGGGCCUGCCCGGCGCUUCGGGGCGUCCGCUCGGGCCCGGCGCAGUUCUGAAGAUAAAGUUACUGUUCAUUUCAUAAAUCGUGAUGGUGACAAACUAACAGCUGAAGGGAAAAUUGGGGACUCACUACUGGAUGUUGUUGUUGACAGUAACCUAGACAUAGAUGGAUUUGGUGCAUGUGAAGGAACGUUGGCCUGCUCCACUUGUCAUUUAAUCUUUGAGGACCAAAUAUUUAAGAAAUUAGAUGCAAUUACUGAUGAAGAGAUGGACAUGCUGGAUCUAGCAUAUGGACUGACAGAAACCACACAAAAUCACCCUGAAGCAGUUUUUUAUGGAUAUAGAUUCCACCCCCUCCCCCAGCAUCCUUUGCAAACCAAAGGAGAGAAAGCAAUUUGUAGGACAUGUUUAUUAAGAUCACGGUUGGGCUGCCAGAUCUGUUUGAAGAAAUUUAUGAACAAUAUGACUGUUCGAGUACCUGAAGCUGUUGCUGAUGUUAGACAAUCUAUAGAUAUGAGCAAGAAUUCCUAAAAUAAAAUCUGUUAGGUGGUUUUCAAGAAAUGCAACUAUUUUUUAUAACUUAUUUCUAAAUGUUUAAUUAAAUGUGAAAACAUUAUAUGAUAAGUCAUUUUAUAUGACUGUGAAUAUUAUAUUAAUACUGUUUUCAUUUUCUUUGGAACUACCUAUACUUUGAUUCUUAAAAUGAGGUAAUACUUUUAAAAAGUUAUAGCUGAAAUAAAAAUGUUGGCCAAAUUAUACUAAAAGAAAUUUGUAAUAGAUUUCAUUGUGCAAAGGAAUCUUCCCUUUCUCAUCUGCAUUUGAAAAAAGAUUUUUUUUGUGCCAAAAAUAGUGAUUUUUUUAAAUUUUUUUUCUUUACAUUCAUCAUAAUUCUGCUUUUAAGGGGUUUGGGCCUAGAGGCCCCUAUGGUGAUGGGAUGCAUGGUGAGAAGCUUUUUAAUCGAACUGUUUUUGAGCUUGCAGUAAAAGCUGGUAUGUCCAAAGAGAGGUACUUUAAUUUCUGGCUAAGUGGUGCGGUGCUUUUGCAGCAUGUAUAGGUAUAAUUAAGGGAGACAUUAGUGGAAUAUACUGAAAUGGGGCUUAACCUGAUUUUGAACUCUUUAUAUGGCAUGGCACAUUCUAUCUUCUGGAAAUAUUGUUGAUAUUGUGGGUUUAGAUCUCAAAAGGACUAAAGCAUGAAGGUCCACAAUUUAGAUUCAAAACUAGCUAGUGCCAAACCUACAGAUGUUUAAAGUCCUCAGAUAACUAAGUUUAUCAUGGGUCAUAAUCAAAAGAACUACACCUUACAGAGCUGAUACGAACCCUGCUCGAAAACAGACUUUUUUGUUACUGGAUGGGAAGCAAAGCAGAUGGAGGUGACAGAUUGAUGGCCUCCCCCAAGAAAGAGUACUUGUACUGCUGUUAUAUAACAUCUAUACAUAUGGCCAACCAAUCAAUCUGGAAACAAAAUGUUUCAUCUAUGCGGACAACCUGUCCACAACAGCCCAGAACACUGGCUUUGACCAUGUUGAAAAAUCCCUAAGCUAGGCGCUAAUUGGCAUACCUCAUCCUAUAUUGAAAAUCAAUUAUGCACCAACCCAGCGAAAACACAAGUUCCAUUUGAAAAACCAUAAGGCUAACCACCUGCUCAACAUUACAUGGUUUGGGACCCCACUAUCCCACUGUCCAAAUCCAGUUUACCUUGGAGUCAUUCUCGAUUGAACACUUUCAUACAAAGAACACAUCAUGAAGAUAAAAGCAAAGGUGGGUACUUGAAAAACAUUUUAUAUAUGCUCACCAACUCAAAAUGGGGCCCCUCAACUAUCUGAACUGCUGCUCUGGCUCUCAACUUCUCCUCUGGCGUGAAUGCAUGCCCUGUAUGGGACAGAUCUGUACAUGCCGAGCACCUUGACCCCAUCCUGAAUUAUAGGUGUCGAUGCAUCAUGGGAUGUCUGAAGCCUACCAGCGUAAACAGUGUAUACCUGCUAGCUGGCAUCGCUCCACCUGACAUCAGAAGAGCAGCGGCCAGCAGGAUAGAACAAUCGAAUCGAACAGAAGAUACAAAACAUCUGCUGUAUGACCAUCCCACACCACACAAACAUCUGAAGUCGCACAGGAGCUUCCUCAUCAGCACCCAACCUCCUAAUCACAUCUUGGAGCUGUGGAAUGAGAGGCUGAAGAAGAUACCUGACAGCAAAAAAGUGGACAUUCCUGUAGCUGAGUCCUUACCACCAGGGGCUGAUAAACCAUGGCAAAGGUGGAGAUAUCUCAAAUGCCUGUGUACCAGAGUUGGAUGCUCCAAGGACCUAAAAGAAUAAGUGGGACCACGUGUGACUAUUGGUUGGGCCACCUGUGACUACAGCACAGAGCCUCAAACACCUGCUGUAAUGUGUACUGCUUGGAGGUACAUGUACGAUGAAAGAUCUCACAAAGUACAACAAACGAGCAAAGGUCAAAUGUGGUGUAGAGACACAAGAAGAAGCAGGAGCUAAAUUUAUACCAGGAACAUUCCCCAGGUACCUAAAAUAUCUGCUUCUGGGCAUACCCAGAAAUGUCUGAGUUCUAAUAGUGCUUAAAAAUAAGUGCAUAAGAGAAAGACCAUGACUUAGUAGAUAAGGGAUUUACUGGAGAAGAGGAAGCCUGAGUGCCAGUCCCUGCAUUCCACUGAAGUAUUUAUGCUUUUUGGAGCAGGGACUGAAACACACUUCGGAUACAGUGCGGUGGUCAUGCUCAUUUACUUAUUCUUUUUGGCCCAAUAGAUAAUUAUUUGAUUCAUAGUGGAAUAGCAUGAACAGAGUGGGGAGAGAUCGCUCUGCAGGAACACUAUAUUUGGGUAGUUUAGAGCCGGGGUUGGCAAGCUACAGCCAAUGGGCUGGAUCCUGGCCCUUGAGGCUGGGGCUCUGCCCAUGUUCAGUGGUAGAGGCUCUUGGUGAGUUGCUCUGUGGUCAGGUGACAUGAAGCUUUCCCAUACGGCUACACAGCCAGGAAGCGAGGAGAAGCGACAGAGACAGCAGCAGCCAGUUCCUGGUGCCAGCCUGCCUUGUUUCCCAGCUGGGUCAUUCCAGCCCUCUGCUAGUUAAGGUUUAGUUUAGCCUAGUACCGGUCAUAGGAUUUAACCCGCACUAGUAUUGUUUGGCCUCUUUCUAGAGUUUCAGUAUGCUUAAAAAAAUCCAUGCCACUAAUGAUCAUUGUUUAACUUGAGAGUCUUUUACUUAAAUUAUUAGAAGCAGCAGCUACUGCUAUAAAGGUAAUCAUAUGACGGUAAGAGUUAAAGACAUUUUAACAGUUUGGUGAUCCUGUGUUUCAUUUUGUAUAUAGCCAAACAUUUAUUUCUUUGAGGGCUUUAUUACAUGUAUUCAAUGCCUUAUUUGAGCUGCUGACAGACAACUAGAGCCUUUCCAAAAACCUCUCUCUCAUACAAGGGGAAAGUUGCAUUUUCCCAAUAUGUAAUACCAAUAUGUAACUUCAUCUACCAUAUUUUAGGUACACUGGAUUUCAAACUUAAAAACAUGUUUUUUUUCCCCCAUGAUUAGGGAAUUAUUUCCAUUAUAAAUACACUUAAAACACUAAAUUUUCUUCUGAUGCUUGUGGUUCUCUUUAAAAUAUUUUAGUACAAUUCAAGUUUCUUACAGUUAAGCCCAUUUUUAAUUUAUAGAGAACUUUAUCCUUUACCUUAUGUUCUUGCCAGAAAAUACCAUAUUAUAUAUAUUUAGUUAGUUUUUCAAAAAGCACUGUGUAAUAAGGCCAGCAAAAAACAACAGGAGUAUUUCAUUUUUGAAGACUCAUUAGGAAAUAAGAAACGGGAUACCUUGUAUUUCCUAUGGUGCUCCUCUGUGAAUAACUACUGUAGCAUGAUGGGAAUAUAAUAUCAAACAUAAACUAAGUCAGCCACUUCAUAUUUCUGUCGUGCUCUGACCCCCAUUUGUGUGUAGCAGUAUUCACUUAAAGUUUUUUUAAGAGUUUUUAAAUUUAUUUAAAAUCAGAUCCUCACAUUCUGAGAAUAAACUUCUAAUUCAGAUCAUAACUAUAAGCAUUGUUUGUUAUGCAUACCAAAUACUAAACGAAAAUGAAGUGUCAAUAAGUUUUAUUUAUAAUACAAGGCAUUUUUUUCAUUGUAGGAUUCUCAAGACACAUAACUAUACUUCAGACGCUAUUGCUAAACAAACACAAGACAGCUAACCAGCAACAGUCACCUUUGUAGUGAUUUCAUUAGUGAGCACUUCACAAUGAAGGUUUCCUGCUGCAAUUUUUCAGUGGCUUUUCUAGAACGUGAAUACAAUGGUAAUCAUUUAGUUCACUGUGCAUUCCAUGAUGUCCCGUAGCGAAUAUAAAUGUAGGUCUAGGUUCCAGUCCUAAGCUUCUGUGAAAGGUGAGGAAAAUUUCCAUCUGGUUUAGAAAGUAUAUCCCACUCAGAGCUGUAUUAGUUUCUCAACUGUCCAAAUGAUUUACAAAUAAAUUUUAUUUUAUACCAGUUUCAUAGACACACUGUCUAUAGCACUGUUGUUCCAUUUUGUACUUGUCUCGUAUCCACAUAUUUUUGGAUUUAAUGGGUUUAUAUGUUUCAUGGUAAAAGUGCAAGUCAUGCAUAUGUUCAGGCAUACAGUUGUGAUGAUUGUGCAAAAUGAAUGCUAUUUUAAAAAUCUUAUGACAAAUACCUCAAUGUAUUAUAGAUCCAAUUUCAUGUGGAAAUAAAGAUUAAGAUAAGGAAAAUGAUAA